UAUUUAAAACGAUAAAUACACAAAAUAAUAUAUUUAUUGAAGAUUUUUAUUUUCGAAAUAAUGAUAUAAAAGAACAAAAUAUAAUUAAAAGACGUUAAUAUAAAAUAAAUAAUCUUUGAAAAUAUAUUUAUGAUCUUGAUCAGGUAACAUAUUUUGUAUUUCUAUCAUAUUAAUAUUAAGCUCAUCGUACAAUAGGAGAGACAUAAGAUUUUCUAUUAUGUACAAGCAUACAAAGUUUUUGGAAGGUCGAACUUUUAUUAUGUUUCGAUUGAUUAUUUUGAUAAUUUUUCAAACCAAAACGGUUUUGAUGACUUGGAAAGCGAUUUUUAAGGUUGUAAAAGUCUAGAAUUAAUGUUGAUCUUUGUCUUUCAAGAUUUUUUUUCAGCUCCAACUUUUGAAAAUGACUAGUGAGCUAUGAAUACCUUGAAAAGUUCUCGGAUCCUUCGUUUAUUGUUGCGAGAAUAUGGAAUUUUUACAGUUUUUUUUAAAGCUAAUAGAGUGGUCUUCCUUAGGAGAGCCAGAAUAACUGAUAUUCCUAAGAAAGGCAAGGAUAUUCAUAAGUCAUUAGGAUUUACAUGCCGCACAUAAUUACGACUAAUUAGUUGGGAAUUUUCUUCGUAAAAUUAAGUUUCAUCAAUACUAUUUUUCAGUAGUCUGUUAGUUUUAAUUACAUUUGUACGAAGACAAUUUUAUGCUAAAAACCACCAUACUUGCGAUACUAUAUCAAAAUUUCAUAAUUAUGAAUUUUUCUAAUAAAAAAGAACUGUUUUUGUUUUCAGAAUCCUGGUUAUACAUUUGAUCCAUCACGUAAUACUUGUGCUCAAAUAACAUCUAAUUUUCAAUUAAGUCUUCGAUUAGAUCGAUAUUUACUUCAUAAAUUACAUAAUAUUUCUUAUUCUAUUGAACAUCUUAAUAUGAUUGGUCUUGAAACAAUUCCUAUAGAUCCAAUAAAUAAUAAAUAUAUUAAUCAAUCGGAUCAUUAUGCAUUACAAUUAAUUAUUAAUUUUCGAAUACGAUCAAUUAGCCAACGUUCAGCACUUGUUUUAUUACCACCAAUGAAUAUAUGGCCAUUAAUUGAAUCAUUUCGUGAAAAAUAUGAUCCAUUAUUUAACCAAUUGCCACCACAUAUUAAUUUACUUUGGCCAUUUUUUGAUUUAAUCGAUACAGAAGAUGAUGAAGAAAAUAUUCUUUUACCAUUAAGACUUUUACUUGCUCAAUGUAAAUCAUUUAAUAUAGAAAUAAAUGAAAUUGAUUCAUUUAAAGAAAAUCAUAUUACUUUUUUGAAAUUAAAUCAACAAUCAACAAAACAUGUUAAACAAUUAUAUGAAAAUAUUAAACAACUUUUUCCACAAUGGUUAUUAUUUUGUAAUGACAAUGAUUAUAAUCCAUAUAUGACAAUAGCACAGUUUGAUAGUUCAAAAAAACAAAAUCAAAUUAAACCAUUGUUGAGUAAGUCAUUGGAAUAUAAAACUCAGCUAACGUUUUAUUAA